GCGAAGAACAAUAGAACCGCCCUUUCAAUCUCUCUGAAUCCUCAAAAAGCUUCCAAAAUUUUCACUCCUUCUCCCUCUCUCGCUCUAUACUUCUUCUGGGUAUUCGUUUUUUCGCUUCUUCGUGGAAGUUUGGUAUCGAAAGAACAAAGAUGAGUGAGUCUUGGUUACUGGGUUGGAGCUAUGUCGCUUCAUGAUUGUGGGUGGUGACAGUUUGGUGAGGUUGGUGUUGGGAUUUGAGAAGGGGUGCAUGUGGGGUUUCGUUUUUAUCCUAUGUUUCUUCAAGGAUUUGGAGAAGAGAGUAAACUCGGAUUUUGGGCUUGUGAUCCGAAGCAGGGGUAGGUGGGGCAAAUGUGGCUGAAUUUUUAUGCCAAAAUUCAAACUUGCCUUUAUAUUUGUUGUGCCUCAUCAUAGUGAGUGUUGCCUGAGAAUGCAGCAAGAUCACAAAAAAAAGAGUUCAACGGAGAUGGAAUUUUUCUCCGAAUAUGGCGAUGCCAACAGGUACAAAAUUCAAGAAGUCGUUGGGAAAGGAAGCUAUGGUGUUGUUUGUUCAGCUAUUGACACUCAUACUGGUGAAAAAGUAGCGAUAAAGAAGAUUCAUGAUAUAUUCGAGCACAUAUCUGAUGCUGCACGUAUUCUCCGUGAGAUAAAGUUGCUUAGACUUCUUCGACAUCCUGAUAUUGUUGAAAUUAAGCACGUUAUACUUCCUCCUUCUAGGAGGGACUUUAAAGAUAUAUAUGUUGUUUUUGAGCUCAUGGAGUCUGAUCUGCAUCAAGUCAUUAAAGCCAAUGAUGACUUAACAAAAGAGCACCAUCAGUUUUUUCUUUACCAGUUACUUCGAGCAUUGAAGUAUAUUCACACUGCAAAUGUCUAUCAUCGAGACUUGAAGCCAAAGAAUAUACUGGCCAAUGCAAACUGUAAACUUAAAAUCUGCGAUUUCGGGUUAGCUAGAGUUGCUUUCAGUGACACACCAACAACAGUAUUUUGGACGGAUUAUGUUGCUACAAGGUGGUAUAGAGCACCAGAGCUCUGUGGAUCAUUUUAUUCAAGGUAUACUCCAGCAAUUGAUAUGUGGAGUAUAGGUUGUAUCUUUGCUGAAGUCUUAAUAGGAAAGCCACUUUUUCCUGGAAAAAACGUUGUCCAUCAGUUGGAUCUGAUGACAGAUCUGCUUGGGACUCCCUCACUGGAUACUAUAUCCCUGGUACGCAACGAUAAGGCUAGGAGAUACCUGACUAGUAUGAGGAAAAAGCAACCUGUACCAUUUGCACAAAAGUUUCCUACUGCAGAUCCUUUAGCAUUACAAUUACUGGAAAGAUUACUUGCCUUUGAUCCGAAAGACCGGCCUACUGCUGAAGAGGCAUUAGCUGAUCCUUACUUCAAGGGACUUGCAAAAGUUGAGAGGGAACCAUCCUGCCAGCCUAUUACAAAAAUGGAGUUUGAAUUCGAAAGGCGAAGAGUAACGAAGGAAGAAAUUCGAGAGUUAAUUUUUCGUGAAAUUCUAGAAUACCAUCCUCAACUGUUGAAAGACUACGUAAAUGGAACAGAGAGAACUAAUUUUCUUUAUCCAAGUGCUAUUGAACAAUUCAAGAAGCAGUUUGCUCAUGUUGAGGAAACUGGUGGUAAAAGUUGUCCAGUUAUACCACUUGAAAGAAAACAUGUAUCACUUCCCAGGUCAACAAUUGUACAUUCAAAUAUGGUACCCUCUAAAGAACAAUCAAAUAUUGCUUCCUGCAAAAACCAGCAAACAGCCGAGGAGCAUAAUAAUAAUUCCGGAGAUACAGAAUAUCCUGUGCCAAGGUCCAUUCAGGGACUGCAAAAAAUUCCACUUGCAAAACCUGUUAAAGUUGGUGGGCCAGUUCUUCCAUACGACUAUGCAAGUGUUGUCAAGGAAUCAUAUGAUCCCAGGACAUUUAUGAGAGGUUCUGUUCAAAGAUCUAGCUCUGGAAUACAAGAAAGGUCAGCAACAGAAGCUGACAAGGGUGUGUCUUUACAAUCAAAACUUGCCCAGCAAUCUGGUGUGAAUGCCAAAAUAGCACCAGAUGUAGCUAUAAAUAUUGAUACCAACCCUUUUUUUAUGACACGAGCAGGAGUGAACAAGAUAGAGCAGGAUGAUCGAAUAUCCAUUGACACAAAGUUGCUGCAAUCAAAGGCUCAAUAUGGUGGAAUUAAUGUUGCUGCUGGUGCCACUGCUCGUAGAAAGGUUGGACCUGUUCAGUAUGGUAUGACAAGGUUGUUCUAAAAGAAUGUUGUCUUGUGAAUAGUUUUGCCAGGUGGAACACUCCCUGUGGAGUGUGGAGGGAAAAAGUUUCUUUAUAGUGGAGAAGCUGUAGUCUUUAUUGGUUCUUUGUGUAAAAAUGAGAUAGGUUAAUGACUUUAGUGCUUCCUCAGAAAAAGCCAGCUUUCUCUGGUCAAACGCUGUUAACUUUGGUUACAGUUAUCAAUAAAACUGUACAAGUGAAAUCUAGUCCUAUGUUGUAAUUCAAUCCACGCCAUUCUUUCUUUCU